GGACAAUCUCCACUUUAUACGGGAAGUACUGCAAUGUUUGAAGCAAAGAGCAUAGAGUGGAAAACUUCACUUGAGGACUAACAGGUUUUUAAACCUUAUCGCGUACACUACUAUCCACAAUAUCCGGAAAAUUAACUUCUUUCAUCGUGCUUUUUGGUAACAGAUAUAAAAAUGUCAGAAAAGGUUCUAGUCACUGGUGGAGCGGGCUAUAUUGGCAGUCACUGUGUUGUAGAGCUGAUUGAAGCUGGAUUCAUUCCUGUAGUAGUGGAUAAUUUCAGUAACGCAGUACGAGAAGGGGACAGGGGCAUGCCAGAGAGCAUUAACCGGAUUGAAAAGCUUUUGGACACCAGGAUUGAAUUUCAUGAGCUGGACCUUCUUGACCGACCUGGUUUGGAGAAACUUUUUAAAAAGCACUCUUUCAGUGCUGUGAUGCACUUUGCAGGCCUGAAGGCAGUUGGAGAAUCUGUGGAGCAGCCUUUACGGUACUACAGGGUCAACCUCACUGCCUCAAUGAACCUACUGGAGGUGAUGCAGGCUCACAACGUACACAAUCUGGUCUUCAGCAGCUCAGCCACAGUGUAUGGAGAUCCACAGCAUCUGCCUAUAGAUGAGGAGCACCCUGUGGGAGGCUGCACCAACCCUUAUGGCAAAACCAAGUACUUUAUUGAAGAGAUGAUCAAGGACCAUUGUAAAGCUGAGAAGGGCUGGAACGCUGUGCUGUUGCGGUAUUUUAACCCAAUUGGAGCACAUUCCUCAGGACUUAUUGGGGAGGAUCCUCAGGGCAUCCCGAACAAUCUUCUGCCAUAUGUUGCACAGGUUGCAAUUGGAAGAAGAAAGUGCCUUAAUGUGUUUGGAAAUGACUAUGACACCGUGGAUGGAACUGGUGUUCGAGACUAUAUCCAUGUGGUAGAUCUUGCAAAAGGGCACAUAGCAGCUCUAAAUAGGCUAAAGGAUAAUUGUGGGUGUAAGGUUUAUAAUUUGGGGACAGGAAUGGGUUACUCUGUGCUUCAAAUGGUCAAAGCUAUGGAAAAAGCUUCAGGAAAAGAGAUUGUAUAUAAGAUUGCACCACGCAGAAGUGGAGAUAUUGCUUCCUGCUAUGCAGACCCUCGUCUGGCUGAAAAGGAGCUGGGAUGGAAAGCUCAAUUUGACCUAGAGAGAAUGUGUGAGGACCUGUGGCGCUGGCAGUCCAUGAACCCCACUGGAUUUUCAAAUGGCACAGCCUCCUGAUUUUUUCUUUUGUCAUUUGAUUUAGCAGAAAGAAAGAGAAAACAAAUGACCAUUCUUUUUUUCUUUUUCUUUUUUU